CCAGUGGCAGGCGCGGCGGGCUCGCGGAGAGUCGGCGGUGGGCACAAUGGCCACGGGCACCUCGGCAGUCUAUCCCGACGCCCCCGCGGAAUUCCCCCCACACCUCCAGGCCGGUGCGAUGCGGCGCCGCUUCUGGGGCGUGGUCAACUGCCUGUGCGCUGGCGCGUUCGGCGCCCUGGCCGCCGCCUCCGCCAAGCUGGCCUUCGGCAGCCAGGUGAAUGUGGGCUACUGCGCCUUAGGCAUUAUUGUGAUGGCGAUCACCAAUUCUCUGAUGUGGACGUUCUUUAGCCGAGGCCUCAGUUUCUCCAUGUCUUCAGCCAUUGCAUCUGUCACGGUGACUUUUUCAAAUAUCCUCAGCUCGGCCUUCCUGGGGUUCGUGUUGUACGGAGAGUGCCAGGAGGUCCUGUGGUGGGGCGGCGCGCUCCUCAUCCUCUGCGGACUGACCCUGACCCACAGGACUCUCCCGCCAGUCGGGAAGGCCCGGCCCCUCAAGCAGCAGUAGCAUCACGUGGCGGGGUGGACGUGCCGGAAGGACACAUCCCAGGGUGCUCUGGGGGUGCAGGGAGAUGCUGCCCACGGAAGCAGGCCUCUGACAAGCAGCUUUGGGGGGCAGCUCCAGCUUCUGUGAGGGGAAGCAAGCUCGGCAGUGUUCUGCUUGAAGCCACCUUGACAUCUGCACGCUCACCCUCCCGGGCCCACCCAGCGAGCCUCGGUCCCUGGGGCUGCUCGGCUUCGUGUGUGAACUUGAACCAAGCUGUAAUUGUAGUCCUUUGGCCUGACGGGCCAGUCAUGCAACACGGGAAUCAGCGACUGGGGCGACCUUCCAGGACUUCGCGCUGACGUGUCAGGCUAUCUGUGUACGGCAGGAGGAGAAAGAGACACUGAGGCACGCACGCAGACUGAGAUCUGACCAUCCCCUGGGCUACUUCUUCCCUCGCCAUCACAGAGAUGUAAGUUUCUUGGCUUUUGAAAAACGUGUAGGUUAAAGAAUCUGAUUUCAAAGUGUCUCCUCGUAAGAUACUUAUUAAUUACAAAGGGUAAAACAGUAACUUUACGAUAAGGAAACUGCAGAUGUCACCUUAGCCACGUCAAAGUCAACAUCACCAAUAAUGAGACGUAUCAACAUCAUGUGCCUUCACAUACAGUGCAUGGAGAAAGACAGAACGCCUUCAGCAGUGUUCCUGGCCCAAACGCACGACCUGUCUAGUCCCGAGAAAACACCAGAUGAAUGCAUAUAGAAGGAUAUUUCACAGAAUACCUGGCCCAUAAUCUUCAAAAGGUUCAAAGUCUAGUGAAAAUGUUUUAGAACCAGAUAGAAGUGGUGCUUGUAUAAUAUUAUGAAUGCAUCGAAUGGCACUUUAAAAUGGUUAAUUUUGUUAUGUGAAUUUCACCUCAAUUGAAAAAAAAGGUCAAGUUCAUAAAAGACAGAAAAAGACUGAGGAACCCUCAUGGAUUGGAGGAGACUAGAGAUGUGACAAAUGAUGCACUGUGGCAUCCUGGAACAGAAAGGAAUAUUAGUGGGACAACUGGAGAAGUCUGAAUAAAGUAUAUAGAUUAAUUAAUAGUAUUGUAUCAAUAAACUUCCAGGUUUUUAUAUUCGUAUUAUGGUUAUGUAAAAUUUUUACAGUAAAAGGACUGAUUAAAGGGUAUAUGGGUAUUUUGUCAGUCUGAUAUUAUUUCACAGUAAAAAGUUUUUAAAAAUAAUCUGAGACAAAGAUUUCUGCAAUACAAUCUUGAACAGAGUUAUAAUAAUGAAAAGUUGGAAACAAUCAAAAUGUCUAAUAAUGACGACUGUGUAAAUUAUCCUGUAAAGCAGAGCACUAUGCAGUUAUUAAAAAUGGUGUUUGGACAUUUUUACAUGACAUUGGAAGAUUCUGUUCAUGUGGUGGCAAGUGAAGAAAGCAAAGUUGCACAUGACAUCAUCAUGGAAACUGUGGUUACCUUUGGGGAUGGGGUUUUAGAUGAUUUGUAUUUCUGUGGACUUCUCACAUACUCUUAAGUUUUCACCAAUGCACAGGUGUUACUUUUACAAGUAGAUAAAAGAGCUGUUUCAGAAAAUGGACCUUGUUGACAGUCUCGAGGGAGCCGCAUGUGGUUCAUGAGCACAGGACACCGCUCGGCCUGCGGACUAGCCCCUCACCAGCUGGGCCCUGCUGAGCAGAAGCGGCAAUGGCCAACUGAGGUGACUUGCUUUGGGGAUCCUGCAUCCUUUCCUGGGUGACCAUCCGCAGUGUGUCAAGAGAGGGGUUUUAACCACGAUUGCAGGGAAGCUGAGACCCGUGUUUUGAGGGAGACGGUGGGGAAAGGAAGUCUUCGGUGUGGGAGGGCGGACUGGCCAGUGGCUUGUGUCUGUUUCACUGUGAAUUCCUUAUCUUCUGUGAUGUGUUCGCAGCUCAGACGUGUAUUUACAAGACACGAGAAAAAGCCCCAUGGGCGUGGAGGCCCCCAGAGGGAAAUGAAAGGCCAGGAUGUGUGCACGUGUCCACCCCAGGCUCCGACGACUCACCCACACCAUGCCCAUCUGGAUGCCCAUCUGGAGGACCCCAGCUACUCUCUCCCUUUGCCCUUCUGGGCCAGUUCUUCACCCAAAGGGCCCGUUGGUGUCCAGAAGCCAUCGGACAGAUGAGAUGUGCAGGACCGCGCGACACACCAGGUCUUGGCUCCCCUUCAGACACGUUGUUUUCUCAGCGCUCAUUUGCUGCGAGGCCACGGGUUAUGAGGGAAGAGGGGCCGCAGUGGGCACAGCCCCUCAGCGCCACCGAGCCCAGCAGCACGCAGCAGGCAGCAGGGACCACCUGUAAGGCGACCCCCGCAAGCCCCACGCGGAUUCUCGGACUUGAGCAUGCGUCAGACUCACGGCCGGGCUGCUGAAAUCCAGGUUGCUGGGCCCCGCCCUCAGAAUGGGGCCUGAGAAUGUGCAUUUCUAACAAGCUCCUAGGUGCUGCCGAUGCUGCUAGUCUGGGGGCCACCCUUCGGAUGUGCUGCCUCGGUGCGUCACCACAGACUCUCGAGAGUGACGCUAGCAAAAUCUUCUCUCCACAUUGCUUUGGUAUUUAAGGGCCCCUUCUUGGCUGGGCCUCCGCACCCCUGGUUGGCUCACCCCUCAGGCUGACGCACUGUAAGUCUCGAGAAAAACUUAAGACCCAUUAGCCUGGCUGGGACAGCCCAACCUGCCUCCCAAGCCCUGGGGCUUCUGUGCAAUGCGACCUCACCUACGUGGUUGAUAAACUUUUCCUACAUUGAGCUCAUCUGAGAGCUUCCUGCAUUAGGAAGGUGGAUUCUAACUUUCUAGGCGGCCUUGCCAGAACGAGCGAAAAGUGGUUAUUCAAGGUGUCUUACUUUUGGUUCUUCCAAGAAAAAAGUAUUACAAAAAUGAAAUGGUUAUGACUGAAACGAGACUUGGCACGUGCACUGCUACCCAAAUUCAUCUUGCGUGUGUGAUGUCACCAAGCCGAUGUAAAUCUGCAGAUUUGUUUGGACCUAGGGCUUUUGCAUGUUCAGCCUGGUUGCCAGGAAUACGAACCUGAAGCUGACAGGUGGGAAGGAGUCCCCUAAUCCCACUCGCCACGUCACCUUCCCCUUCGUUUUCCACUUCCGCUCUGCAGAGCCCACGUUCUGAAAGGCCACGGCUGCUGUUGGUGCAUUUUCCCACGUGUGCACCACUCACUGCUGUCAGAACCCGGCGCCGAGCCCCGGAGCUGCGCUGCCUUUGUGGAGAGCGGCGGUCCCCAACCUUUGUGGCACCAGGGACCGGUGCUCCUAUGAGAAUCUAAUGCCUGAUGACCUGAGGUGGAGCUGAGGCGGUGAUGCCGCUGGGGAGCGGCCCCAAGUGUAGGUGAAGCUUGGUGUGCUCGCCUGCUGUUCACCUCCACUGGCCACGGCCCGGGGGUUGGAGACUCCUGGUGUAGAGAAGUGUCCUCUUUCAUUAGACGUCUGGGAAUCUUGAGGAGAGUUCAGGAGAGGCCCACUGCUUCCUGUGCCACGCCAGGCUGGAGACCACUCACUACACUGUAAAUGACAGCCACAUGCCUUGUGCUCUCAGCGUGUUCUCCGUCUCAAUGAAAACGAAGCCGGGAUCACUUCCCACAGGGGACCUUGUGGCAGGCCUGUCCUCUGAGGGCAGCGCUGCCCUCUAGCUUGAGGAGUGGGGGACAUUCAUCCUUUCAGCUAAAGGCCUCGUAAAACCCCAGAGGCGGAAUCACUAGGGCGAUUCGGCAGGAACCUUCCUCUCGGGGGACAGACGCAGUUGCUCAGGUUUAAAUGAUGAGCUUCUAUCUUUAGGACUCAAAAAAAA